GCAUUUGUCCCAUCAGCUCAGCUUCCCGCCUUUGAAGCCUUCGAAAUUUUUUCUUCUCCGAACCUCGAAAUCCGGUCAGGCGCCAAAGAUGGAGGGUGGAAAGUCCGUUAAGGCGAGCGGCGGCCGGAAAGCCGGUGCGAAGAGAUCCGUCGUCUCGAAGUCGGUCAAGGCUGGCUUGCAGUUCCCGGUCGGAAGGAUUGCCCGCUUCCUGAAGAAGGGCAGGUACGCCCAGAGGGUCGGCAUCGGUGCCCCCGUCUACCUCGCAGCCGUCCUUGAAUACCUCGCAGCUGAGGUCCUAGAGUUGGCUGGCAAUGCUGCUAGGGACAACAAGAAGACGAGGAUUAUUCCGAGGCAUGUUCUUCUGGCCGUGAGGAACGACGAAGAGUUGGGGAAGCUCCUGGCUGGCGUGACGAUUGCAAACGGUGGUGUUCUGCCCAAUAUCCAUUCUGUGCUGUUGCCCAAGAGGACGGAGAAGGCGUCCCAGGAAACCAAAUCCCCAAAGUCUCCAAAGAAGGCUUGAUCAUGCGUUGAUGUUCUUGUGCAACUCACGUCCUUUUCGCAUUCAUGAUUUGUUACUUUUGUAGUUGCCGGUUGUUGGUAGAUUUCUCCUUUGUAUAUAAGAGCAGGGUUGAUUUAGUGGCAGAGUUUUCUAUGUAGCCUGUCUCGGUAGGUCUAGUUUUUUCUUCUUUUAAACGGUGUAACUUCUUCCGGGUGCCUGAAAGUUGUGCAAUGAAAUGAAAAGUGUUUGUUCGACACUCA